CACCCCUCACAGCCAAGAGCCCGGGCGUCGUAACAAAUGGUGAGGCUUUGGAGUUCCUUCGCACGCCCCAAAGCCUCCCUCCUCUAUGGCUGGGGACGGGCCAAGCCCAAGAGGGCCGCCGCCGCCGCCGCCACCCCGCCUGGAGCGGAGGCGGCGAGCAAGGAAGAGGAGGAAGAAGACUUCGAUCCGGCGAAUCCACCGCCGUUCCGGCUGGGGGAGAUCCGGGCAGCCAUACCAACCCAUUGCUGGGUGAAGGAUCCAUGGCGGUCGAUGAGGUACGUCGCGAGGGACGUUGUCGUCGUCGUCGGGCUUGCAGCGAUGGCGGUGUUCUUCGACGGCUGGGUGGUGUGGCCAUUGUAUUGGCUGGCCCAAGGGACCAUGUUCUGGGCUAUCUUUGUCCUCGGACAUGACUGUGGACAUGGGAGCUUCUCGGACAGUGCGAGGCUCAACAGUAUAGUGGGACACUUGCUUCACACCAUCAUUCUGGUGCCAUACCAUGGAUGGAGGAUUAGCCACAGGAAGCACCACCAGAAUCAUGGGCACGUGGAGAGGGACGAGUCAUGGCACCCGUUAUCUGAGGAGACAUACAGAGGCUUGGGCUAUCUCACUCGAAAGCUGCGGUUUUCCGAACCAUUUCCCCUGUUCGCAUUCCCUGUUUAUUUGUGGUCGAGAAGCCCUGGAAAGCAAGGCUCACACUUCCACCCGGGCAGCGACUUGUUCCAUCCAAACGAGAGAAGUGAGAUCGUUACAUCAACCAUCUGCUGGCUGGCAAUGGCGUCCCUGCUUCUAAGUCUCUCAUGGGUGAUUGGUCCUGUCCCAAUGCUCAAACUUUAUGGUGUACCCUAUGUUGUCUUUAUAAUGUGGUUGGAUUUUGUUACCUACUUGCAUCACCAUGGCCACGCCAAGAAGCUCCCAUGGUAUCGAGGCAAGGAAUGGAGCUACUUGCGAGGAGCGCUGACGACGCUCGAUCGAGACUAUGGAUGGAUCAACAACAUGCACCAUGAUAUCGGAACUCAUGUGAUACACCACCUCUUCCCCCAAAUACCUCACUACAAUCUAGUAGAAGCUACGAAGGCAGCUAAGGUUGUGCUCGGGAAAUACUACCGAGAACCUCACAAGUCUGGUCCUUUUCCUUUUCACCUAUUUGGGAUUCUAGCAAGGAGCUUGAGAAUUGAUCAUUUUGUGAGUGAUAUUGGAGAUGUUGUCUACUACCAGGCUGACCCUCAACUGCAUGGUGGCCGGCAGGAUAAGUCCGGGUGAAGCUUUGGAUGUUGCUCGGGCAACAAGAUAUAGGUUAUGCACCGAAAAAAAGAAGAAGAAGUUUGAAUGAAUUUUAUAUCAAAAAAUUUCAUUAAUUAGAGUUGUAAUAGAAGUAUAAUUAAGCCUUCCGCUUAUUGACUUAAUCUUCAUGUUUUUUGCAUUC